AUGUCACCAUACGUGGAAUGCGCUACCAUCGCGCAUCGGAUUUCCAUACCAGAGGCUCCUGUCACAGAGAAGUACAAGGCGCAUAUACCACCCCCUGGCGGUCUGCUUCAGAACUCUGGCGUAGUUUGGGCCACGUACGCUCCCUCGUCAGAUGCCCCAAAUGGAACGGUGAAAAAUGGUUGGGCGGAGAAACACCAACACCAGACUGUUCUGGAGCAACACUGCUCCUUCUUCGACCCUGAUGGCGAUGGAAUCAUAUGGCCCUCUGACACCUACCGCACCUGUCGCUCUUUCGAAUGGUCAAUCCCCACCUCUCUAUUUUUUACCGGCUUCCUCCACGCAGUACAAUCGUAUAACACCGUUCCUGGCUGGCUGCCUGACCCCUUCUUUAGACUUUGGGUGAAAAACGCAUACAUGAACAAACACGGCAGCGGGACAGGUACCUUUGACUCCGAAGGCCGUUUCAGACCACAGCCGUUAGAAGAUUUCUUUACCAAAUUUGACAUAGAUGGGAAAGGUGGGCUGACCAAGUGGGAACUGUGGCACGGAUUGAGGAGAUCGAGAAUGGCAUUUGACUUCUUCGGCCAAGUUUCUGCCAUGUUUGAAUGGGGAUUCGCCUGGGUCUUAAUCUGGCCUGAGGAUGGGAUCCUACGAAAGGAAGAUGUACGGAGAUUGUUGGAUGGGAGUCUGUAUCAUGAAAAGGUGGUGGCACCGAGACGUCACGAAAGAAACCAGAAGACCUGCUCCAAGGCGACAUCAGCCGAACCUCGGCAGGACGUGUCGUCGAAAUUACAGUGA